UUAUUUGUCCAUUUUAAUGAAGCUCUCAUGGUCCAAGAAAAGGGUUAGGAAAUGUUUAAUAUCAAGAGCAAAACUGAGGACUUUCAGGCAGAUGAUCCUGUUUAUGGAGGAGGUGAAGUGGAAUAUAGGACCAGCUUCUCAGAGAGGGAGCCUUGCACAAUCAAAAAGAGUAAAACAGAGAAAUUUAACAAAAAUGGGGAGCCAGUCCGGCGGGGGAGAAUGAAUCUUGACCACCCGCGGAUUAUAGACGUGCAGAACUAUAGUGUUUUUGUAGCUACCUGGAAUGUGGCUGGAAGAUCCCCACCAAAUAAUUUGAGUCUUGAAGAUUGGCUUCAUGCCUCACCUCCUGCAGACAUUUAUGUCCUUGGAUUUCAAGAGAUAGUUCCUCUAAAUGCUGGUAAUGUUCUGGGGGCAGAAGACAAUGGUCCUGCCAAAAAAUGGCUGGCUCUCAUUCGAAGGACUCUUAAUAAUCGUCCUGGAACUAGUGGAAGUAGUGCUUGUUAUACACCAUCUCCCAUUCCUGAGCCAAUUGUAGAAAUGGAUGCAGAUUUUGAGGGAUCAGCUAGAAGGAAGAAUUCAUCCUUCUUCCAUCGCCGAUCAUUUCAGACUACUCACAGCUGGAAAAUGGACAAUGACCCUUCCAUUUCACAACCAAGACUUGAUCGACGAUUCAGUGUUUGUGAUAGGGUGAUAUUUGGUCACAGGCCAAGUGACUUCGACCCAAAUUUUAGAUGGGGUCACAGGCCUAGUGAUUACUCUAGACCCAGUGAUUACUCCUACUCCAGACCUAGUGAUUACUCCAGGCCUAGUGAUUACUCAAGAUGGGGUUCGUCCGACGAUGAUAACGGUCCAGGGGAUUCACCAAGUACUGUAUUACACUCACCAAUGUCCUAUGGUGGAUCUGCAUCCAUGGACCAUGGUUAUAGGAUGCCAGGAAAUUCAAGGUACUGCCUAGUUGCUAGUAAGCAGAUGGUUGGCAUAUUCCUCACCGUAUGGGUGAGAAGUGAAUUGAGAGAUCAUGUUAAAAACAUGAAAGUAUCUUGUGUUGGCAGAGGGCUGAUGGGUUAUCUUGGAAAUAAGGGAUCUAUCGCAGUCAGCAUGUUAUUGCACCAAACAAGCUUUUGCUUUAUUUGUAGUCACUUAACCUCUGGACAGAAAGAGGGGGAUCAGCUAAGAAGGAAUGCUGAUGUUAUGGAGAUCUUGAGAAAGACGAGGUUUCCACGUGUUCAUGGUGCGGGCGAUGAGAAGUCCCCAGAAACAAUCCUUCAGCAUGAUCGAGUAAUUUGGCUCGGGGAUUUGAAUUAUCGUAUUGCCCUCUCUUACCGAUCUGCCAAGGCACUUGUUGAGAUGCAAAAUUGGAGGGCAUUGUUGGAAAAUGACCAGUUGCGAAUAGAGCAGAGACAACGUCGUGUUUUUGUGGGAUGGAAUGAAGGAAAGAUUUAUUUCCCACCAACAUACAAGUAUUCAACUAAUUCAGACAGAUAUGCAGGGGACGAUAUGCACCCGAAGGAGAAGCGCCGAACACCUGCUUGGUGUGAUCGAAUUUUGUGGUAUGGAGAAGGCCUUCACCAGUUAUCUUAUGUACGCGGGGAAUCUAGGUUCUCUGAUCAUAGACCAGUUUAUGGCAUAUUUUGGGCUGAGGUCGAGUCGAGUCAUAGCCGAUUGAAGAAGAGCAUGAGUUAUUCUAGUUCCAGGAUUGAAGUAGAGGACCUUUAUCCAUAUUCACAUGGCUACACUGAACUCAGCUUUUUUUGAUGGAUGGGAAGAAGUUAUGACCUACAAUCAAGUUGUAAAUAUCCAUGGAGGAGUUUAAUGGGUGUUCUGCAUAUCAAGUAUGGCUAGCAUCAUCUCAUUCAAUCAGGCGGGAAUCACUUCAAAAAUUGCUAUCCAUGAAGGGUGAUGGAGACAUUCCAUUGCCCACUAACCAAGAAAGGUGUAAAUUUUGUAACUUGACUGGAUAACUAACUCCACACAUAGCCAACUCAGUGUACCUUUGAUCUUCAUAUAUUGUUACAAAAUAACUUACCAGUUUCAGUACAAGGCAUAAUUCAAUUACCUGAUCAACAAACACCCACCUUCAUGGCGUUUCUGAGUUCGGUAAAAGCUUUUGCAGCUCAGCACAUUGAAUAGAGAACUCAGGACAGCCAAGUGGGUAGAGGAUUAUUUUGUUCAUGAUUCUUUUGUUAGUUUAGGACAUAUUUUUGAUGACUGAAAGAUGGUCAAUUUAAUCAUUUGUGUACUUACUUUUUGUUUUAAAGGCAAAGUGAAGAGAAUUUUGAUGGAUACUCAAUUACCAAAGUGAUAGAAGAGAAAUAUAAAAAAUA